CGCGCCGCGCCUUGGGUCCCCUACCCCCCUCCACAAGUGGGGCUUCGCGGUCCUGGGAGGGCGCGUCGUCCGGUCCGGAGGCACCACAGACUCGUGGGACGGGGACCGCGCACAGGGCCAUGCGCGGGUCCAGCCGUGGGUCCCGGUCGCCGACGCCGCCAAGGCCCAGCAGCGCGGCGGCGACGCCCUCGACUUCACCGGCACGCCGCUCGCCCCCGUGGUGUACGGCAUGGCGGCGUGCGGCAUGAUGCCCGUGGCCAUCCGACACCCCCGUUUACCCAGCCUGCACCCGGGCCGCUCCACCCUCCUGCACUGCGGCAUGGUGUUCGCAGUGUGCACCGUCUCGCAGACGCUGGUGUGGAGCGACCAGUUCCCGCUGGCGGUCAACUCGUCUGCCCGGUUGGACGACCGCCUGUUCGCCGUAGAGGUGCUGGUGGUGCUGGCCCCGCAGCUCUUCACGCCGUACCUCUGGCUGUGCACCUCCACCUUCAGGAAGAUCCUGCAGGACUUCGCCAAGUACGAGGCGCUGCAUGCCUCGAUCGCCACCGCGCCGCUGGCGCCGCACUGGGUGGGCCGACGCCGGCGCGUGGCGAGGCUCGUCGUCUGCGCCUUCUUCGCCUUCACCGCCUUCGUAUCCGUAGCCGUCACCUUCCUGCAGGCCGCCACUGGAUCCGUCAUGCUGCAGCUGAGCUACAGCUACCUGCCGGCCGCCGUCUCCUCCCUCAUGAUGCAGUUCCUCGUCACGCUCUUCUUCGCCACGCACCACUUCCAGAUGUGGGAGGCGGCCAAGGCGAUCUGCGCGGAGCUUCACCAGAUUCCGGUGAUGUCGGGCCGGGCGGACUCGGGGGCGGGCGAGCAGGACAAGCAGGCCGGGCUGCGCGCCAUCCGCGACGGCCAUCGCCUCUGGGUCGCCCUGCGGACGCUGUACAACCGCACAGACUACUGCUUCAUGGACGUGUUCCAGCUGAUUCACCUGUUCCUCAGCCUGCUGCUGGGCAUGUACAUGUUCUUCGUGUACGUCACCAGCGGCAUCCUCUUCAACGCCGUCAUCGAGAUCCUGUUCUCCGCCGUGAUUCUGCUGCAGCUGGGUGUCAUCACCAACGGCGCUCACUUCGGCACGCAGCAGAUGUGUGGUCCCGUAGUCGAUGUGCUGGACAAGCUCUCCCUGGGCGCCGACGAUCCCCAACUAUUCGAAACGGUUUCACUGUUCUACCAGUCUGUGGUUGCGUUCCCGGCCGCUGUUUCUCUGGGUGGUUUCACGGUCGUGGGUCGGCCUCUAUUUACCUCGGUCAUCUCCGCGACGGUCACGUACAUGGUGAUCAUGAUGCAGUUUCAGCAGGGUGUUGAGGAUGCGCUCCAGCCUAACGCCAGCAGUGUCGAGUCCAGCAUUCAGACAAAUCAGAAGCUGCUGAAUAAAUAAAUACAUUGGACCCAAAUCCUACAGUAUCAGAGCA